AUGGCAGGAGGCUCCUCUGAGGAUCGGUGGCGGCGCCCCAGCAGCCGCUGCCACGCCGAUCCGCGCGACGACGAGCCGGAGGAAGGCGAGGUCGUCCCCGGGUACCACUCCGACGCGGACACCGAGGAGUAUUACAACCGCCACAGCUGCUCCUCGAGCGACUCGGACGAGACCAUCAGCGACAGCAACGCCGCCUGCUCCGUCCCGGCGAGCUACGGUGAAGCCACCACCAGCCCAUCCUCCGUCGCAGCGAACAGCAACGGCGCCGGCGCCAGCGCGUCCUCGCCGGUCGCGGCGCGGGCGGCGCUCGCCUGCCCCUUCUGCGGGAAGGAGUUCCGCAGCCAGAAGGCCGUGUGCGGGCACAUGAAGGUUCACGCGAUUGGGGCUCACGGGCAGGGGAUCAGGAAGGGCAAGGGGAUCAAGCGCGACGUGGCUGUUGUGGCAAGCUGGGGCGGCACCGGCAAGCGAGGCUGUUCGGGGUUGGCGAGCAGGACGGCUCCCUCUACGAAUGCUGAAUCGGACCAAUCCAUGGCCAUCGUGGUUGCAGAACCUAAGAUCGUCUUGCAGCCGAAACCAUUGGCGUUCGCGGCACCCAAUCUGUUGUCCGUGCCCAUGGCGUCCGCGACGCCCACUCUGUCGUCGUCAUUGCCCAUGGCGUCCGCAGUGACCAAUGUUUCCGGCCAGAGCAGCAGCGCGCAGCCGAUGCACAACGCCGCCAUGGACGCAGUGGUGGCAGGACCAGCAAAUCCACCCAGCGAGGCCGUCGUCCACCAACAUGCCGCGCCGCCGACGUCGUCUGCUGCAGCGGAGCAAGCUCCAUCCAUCCACCAGCACCCUACGGCGCCGCCAACGCCGCCUGCUGCACCGGAGCAAGCUCAAUCCAUCCACCAGCACCCUUCGGCGCCGCCGCCGCCGCCGCAGCCGGCUGCUGCGGGUCGGCAAAACCCGAACGGCUACACGUGCAAGGAGUGCAACGAGUGGUUCCCGACGCACCAGGGGCUCGGUGGCCACGUGGCGGCCCACAGGAGCAGGGAGGUCGCCGCGGCGGCGGAGGGGAUGCUCGAGGACGGCGCCGUCGCGUGCCGCCCCAACGCCAAGCUGGAGAAGCCGCACGUGUGCAAGUUCUGCGGCGCGGCGUUCCCCGCGGGGGUACAACUCGGCGGCCACAUGAGGAAGCACUACGCGGGCCCGCCGAUCGUGCCCAACAAGAAGCCGCGCCUCAUCCCGCCCCCUCUACCGCCACCGGCCCUCGCGCUCGCGCUGCCGGCCAGCGCGCACGCGGACGGGGCCGGGGCAUCGCCUGCGCCGGCCGUGGAGGCGGCGGCGCAGCUUGGUCCGGCGUCGGCGGUGGAGGGAACCCCCGAGCCAGCACCUGCACCGGGCGUGGCGGGCAGAGUGCUUCUCUUUGGCAUUGACAUCGGCGUGCGGGUGCAGAAGCCAGCGGCGCAGGAAGAAGGCCCGUCUGCGGCACAAGGCCCGGCGUCCACAGGUGGCGAGCAGUAG